GGCAGGAAAUGUGACAGUGUAGUUUUCCGCUUCCAUAAACAAGACGGCCCGCCAGAGUUAGCCGCCAGUGCCGCGUGCCUCUGGGCUCAGACAUACUGACAGAGAAAGUGAGCAAGGGGACAGGAAAGGGGAAAAGUGAGAGAACAGGAAAGAGGGGAGGCAGAAAGACGGGAAAAGCAAAGGGAGACGGUCAAGGAGCAGCAGAAGAAGAAGAGAAGGGAGAAGAAGAGAGUUAAAGACAGACUGAACUGAGUAUCAGUCGCUCUUCUUCUCCUCAAAGUCAUGGCCGAGAACGACACAAAUCUCUUUCUGGAAAUACUUCGGUCUUUUGAUGCGGUCCCUUUGAUCAUAGCUUUCUGUGUGUCCAUCGCGGUGGGCCUGGUUUUGGGGGCCUUGGUUUACGUGAUCUUGACCUGGAUGUCCCGACGCAAAGCGGGCUCUGCCAGGAUCACCCGCCGUCCGCCCCGCCAAUCACGCAUGUCCCCCCGCGGCCGCCCGGGCUUCAACCGCAACAGCAGCUACGAUCGGCGCAGCAACAACAGUUUGGUGAGCGCCGCCUUCAGCUUCCACCGGCAGACUUCCUCCGCGGAUCCCCUCGAUCCGCUCGGCCACAAAUCCAGCUUCAGGGCCUCCACCUUCCACCCUUUGCUGCAGUGCAGCCAAAUCGCGCGAGAGGCGGAGGAAGGGAGCCAGACCACGCUGCCGCGUACGCCGACGCUGACCACGUCAGCUGGAUCGCCUCGGACGGAAGCCCGGCCGGCCGCCGCCCCACCCAGACCCGAGUCGUUUUGGGGGAACAACGGCCUGAAGGGUUCCUACGCUACACAGACCCCACCUCCAGCAUACGAGAGCAUUAUUAGAGCAUAUCAGGAAACAUGCACUUGAGAGGAGUGAUUGCCGGGUUGACUCUUAACUAAUUGAGCCCAGAGUUGUAAAUGGAUCUACGAAUAACAUUGGAAUGAAUCUGUAUUGAUUUAUGUGACCCAGUGGAGCAGAGAAGACAACAAAGACAUUGAGGUAAAUUGCGUGCCCUGUUCAACACUAUAACACUAUGUCUUUUGAUUUGUUGGUAUAUAUCUGGUAUUGACGUGAGCAUUGUUUCCUUUUUCAAUGCCGAUACAAAACAUAAAAAAACCCUCAGUUAUGCGGAGUGCUCAUGAACAGAAAGAAUCCCACUUGAGCUGCCUGUAUGAAGACGUACAAAUACAUACUGGUGACAGGGCAUUUAUGAAGCAAAAGAGUUAAUAUCUAUGAAAAAAAUGAAUGAUUGUGUAUGUCAGCCCCAAAGGGUCAAAGUGGAAAUUAGUUUGUAAUUUAGUGUGUCUGCGUUUGUGAGUGCAGUAUGUUUGAUCGCGAGAGACUGUUUUGUUGUUUGAAUUUGAUUGUAAUUUAAUGAACUUUCCCCAUAAAUAAAUGCAAUAAAAUCCAGAAUGAAAA